GCGCGUUCACUACGGCGCGCGGGUCCGGCGGGGGCGGGGACACGCAGUGCGCGCGGCCAGGGGCGGAGCGGCGGGAGCAGCGGAGGAGGCGGCGGAGGCCCGGCUGCGGGUUAGAAGGCCCCGGCAGGCCCUGAGGUAAACGGAGCGCCACGCUGUGCUGCGCCUGUCGCAGAACCAUGGAGAUCGGUACCGAGAUCAGCCGCAAGAUCCGGAGUGCCAUUAAGGGGAAAUUGCAAGAAUUAGGAGCUUACGUUGAUGAAGAACUUCCUGAUUACAUUAUGGUGAUGGUGGCCAACAAGAAAAGUCAGGACCAAAUGACAGAGGACCUUUCCCUGUUUCUAGGGAACAACACAAUUCGAUUCACCGUAUGGUAUGUUUCUGAAUAUCUACGCCGCAGACCAAAGUUUGGCACAAGUCACAUGAGGUAUUCUGUCUUUAAAGAGGUUCUUGAUGGUCGAAUUACAUUCACUUUGGAGAGACAGACUUACGAUGAUGGAGCUGCAACCCGGCUAAUGUCAACAGUGAAACCUUUGAGGGAACCGGCACCCUCUGAAGAUGUGAUUGAUAUUAAGCCAGAACCAGAUGAUCUCAUUGAUGAAGACCUCAAUUUUGUGCAGGAGAAUCCCUUAUCUCAGAAAAAGCCUACAGUGACACUUACAUAUGGUUCUUCUCGCCCUUCUAUUGAAAUUUAUCGUCCACCUGCAAGUCGAAAUGCAGAUAGUGGUGUUCAUUUAAACAGAAUGCAAUUUCAACAGCAGCAAAACAGUAUUCAUGCUGCCAAGCAACUUGAUAUACAAAACAGCCGGGUGUAUGAAACAGGACAUUUGUGUGAACCAGAAGUGCUUAAUAGCUUAGAAGAGACUUAUAGCCCCUUCUUUAGAAACAACUCAGAAAAAAUGAGUAUUGAGGAUGAAAACUUUCGAAAGAGAAAGUUGCCUGUGGUAAGUUCAGUUGUUAAAGUAAAAAAAUUUAAUCAUGAUGGAGAAGAGGAGGAAGAAGAUGAUGAUUAUGGGUCCCGAACAGGAGGCGUCUCCAGCAGCGUGUCUGUGCCAGCAAAGCCUGAAAGGAGACCUUCUCUUCCACCUUCUAAACAAGCUAACAAGAAUCUAAUUUUGAAGGCUAUAUCUGAAGCUCAAGAAUCUGUAACAAAAACAACUAACUAUUCUACAGGGAGAGAGAAUUUUAUGAACAUGUCUUCGAGGUUUCCAUCACCGGCUCUACCAAUUUUCCUUUCACCGGAGCCAGUUGAUGUAGGUUCUAUAGCAAGUUCCUCUUCACUGAAUGAGCUGGACAGUAUUUCCCACCUUUUAAAGAAGAUAUCAACGGAUAUCAAUGAAAUUAAAGGAAUGAAAGCAGCAAUUUUGACAGUGGAAGCAAAUCUUUUUGAUCUAAAUGUUCGAGUGUCACAGAAUGAAGCAAAAAUUUCAUCUUUGGAGGUUAAAAUGAAUGAAUAUUCAACAUCAACAUCUGAAAGCAACAGACAGUUUGAAGAUCUUCAAGAAGAAGUAGAUUUUGAAUCACCAUCAAGGGCUACUGAUGUAAAAAUAAUUGGCUUCCUUAGAAACAUUGAGAAAGGAACUCAACAGAGGCAGUUAUUAUCCCGACUACAAAUUGACCCAGUAAUGGCAGAAACUCUGCAGAUCAGUCAAGCUGAGAUGAGUGAACUGAGUGUGGCACAGAAACCAGAAAAGCUUUUGGAGCGCUGCAAGUACUGGCCUGCUUGUAAAAAUGGGGACGAGUGUGCUUACCAUCACCCCAUCUCACCUUGCAAAGCCUUCCCCAACUGUAAAUUUGCUGAAAAAUGUUUGUUUGUUCACCCAAAUUGUAAAUAUGAUGCAAAGUGUACUAAACCAGAUUGUCCUUUUACUCAUAUGAGUAGAAGAAUUCCAAUACUGCCUCCAAAACCAGUUACAACAGCAAUACCACCUUCUAGUAGUCAGCUCUGCCGUUACUUCCCAGCAUGCAAGAAAAUGGAAUGUCCCUUCUAUCAUCCAAAACACUGUAGGUUUAACACUCAGUGUACAAGACCGGAUUGCACAUUUUACCAUCCCACCAUUACUGUACCACCACGACAUGCCUUGAAAUGGAUUCGACCUCAAACCAGCGAAUGACACCCAGUCCUGCCAGGCAGAAGAUCAUGCAGUUUGAAAGUUUCCAUCUACUGAUGAAAGAUAUUCUACAGAACUUGUCAAAUCUUUGAAACUUGGAAUAUAUUGCUUUCAUAAUAUGAAGUUUAUUGCCUAUCUGAAGUGUCUGAUUUUUCAAGUUUGUAAGUUUCCUAAGUUGUUUUAACAUUGGGUGUUUUUUUUGUUUUGUUUUUACUAUGAAAAGACAGUUUAAGGAAAGGCUAAAUUCUAUUAAAACAUUUGAGGCAUGUUUGUA